GAUUAGUUAGGUUAAUGACGGUAAGGUUAUUUUUAAAACAAAUAAAAACAUAAUCGCGAAAAAAAAUAAUUUUAAAACAGACAAGUGGUACUAGCACAAAUGAUGUAACAUGCUUAAAAACCAAUAAACGAAUCAUGAGAAGCAGCAGAUAGCUAGGAAACCUCGGGUAGUUUUUUUAUAAACUUUGUUGAUGUUGCCGAUUUCUAACUUGUGUCUUAUAAAUUGUAUAAAAAUAUUUCGAUUGAUAGCAUGUCUUGCCAAUGCUAUGCAAAUCAUUCAAUUCAGUUGGAGCACAAUUUUACGGCUUAAAACAAAACGGUUAUUUCAUUGGGAUAAAAUCUUGUACAUUGUCAUUUGAACAUAAAAUAUUUGAUUCGUUGAUAUUAAAUUUCAUAGGUUUUCUCAAACACAAAUUCAACGGACAUUGGUCUUCCUGUAAGAACAUAAAUGAUUUCACAGUAUGAACAUAAAAGUUAGAUUUAUAUAUUGGCUAUUACAACGUUUGGUGGAAGAAAAUGGUUUAUAGUAUAAUUUUGAUAGACUCAAAUCAUGAAAUUUAAAAUAGCACUUCUAUUGGCUGGAAUUAUUUGGGGGUGCUUAUUUUUGAUAAAAUUGCAAUAUCACAGAAGAACGACAUUACGUGUUUUGCAAAAUCACGAUAACUCACUUCAAUACAUAUUUGAGACCUUACCACAAAACACACAAAAAAGGCCGCAUAUUUUGUUUAUAGUGGCAGAUGAUCUUGGAUUUAAUGACGUUGGCUACCAUGGAUCCGAAAUUAAGACUCCAAAUAUUGAUAAACUUGCGUUGUCGGGUGUUAGACUAGAGAACUAUUAUGUCCAACCAGUAUGUACACCAACCCGUGGUCAGCUUCUCUCCGGCAGAUAUCAGAUUCAUACAGGUCUCCACUGGGUCUUAUGGCCAUCGACUCGUUCAGGAUUGCCACUAGAUAAUCCUACCAUUGCAGAUAAGUUGAGAGCAGCAGGUUAUUCUACACAUAUGAUUGGAAAGUGGCAUCUUGGUUUCUAUAAACCUGAUUUUUUACCAAUCAAUAGAGGAUUCGAUACAUUUUUUGGAUUUCUCAGCGGACAUUCUGACUACUACACGCACGAAACUGGCAACUGGUGGGGAAAAUUUAUGACUGGUUAUGACUUAAUGGAUAAUGAUCAACCAGCAAACAUCACACGUUAUAACGGUUCCUACUCAACACAUUUAUUUGCAAGUAAAGCAAAAGACAUUAUAUGGGGACACAAUUAUGAAAAGCCGAUGUUCAUCUAUUUAUCGUUUCAAGCAGUGCAUGCGCCACUUCAGGUUCCAGAAAACUACAUGAAACAAUACGCCAAUAUUACAGAUAUUAAAAGAAGACAAUUUGCAGGUAUGGUUACUUGCAUGGAUGAUGCGAUAGGAAGUAUAGUAGAUGCCUUGAAGAAACGUGAAUUGUGGAAAGAUACUUUGCUUAUAUUCAGUACAGAUAAUGGAGCUAACCCGAACGCCGGUGGUAGUAACUGGCCGCUUAAGGGAGCCAAAGGUUCGUAUUGGGAAGGCGGCAUUCGGGCAGUAGGUUUUGUGUACAGCUUGCUCCUGAAAAUGAAGAACGGUUAUGUUUCAAAAUCACUAAUGCAUGUUACGGACUGGUUUCCUACACUGCUGAAUCUUGCAAAAGGCGACCUGAAUGGUACUAAAAUGUUAGAUGGAUAUAACCAAUGGAAAACAAUAAAGUGAGUACUGGGACUAACUCAUAUUAAUACCUAAUCAUUCAUCACUGCAUGUAAAUACAGGAUGCUGAUUUUUAUAGUUUGAUAUCGAAUCACUUUGCGCCAAAUGAUAGCAAUAAGUUUCACUUUAGUAAUAGCGUGAAGAGAAUUUAAUUGUAUUAUAAGACAUGUCCUUAACU